CGGGCAGAUUUAAGAGUCCGAUGAACCACAAUGCCCCAAGCUUCAACAUUUCGCCUCCUUCUUCCCUCUCUAGCUCCCUUAAUAACUCCUUCUCUUUCUUCUCGCUUAUUUUUCAAACCUAGAACCUCGCAAUCUCUCUUCACUGUUCUUGCUUCCUCCUCCUCUUUCAGACCACGCCGUAACGCCCCUUUCCGUCAUCUUGGCCGCAGAAGCAGUAGUAGUACUAGAGAAACCAAAGACAGGGGAAAAGACACAGCAAUGGAGAACGUUGACUCUGUUGGCUUCAACAAGAGAAGAGCUGAGGGUAGAGAUUCAAGUGGUUUGCCUAAGAAGAACCUACAGUUGAAAGUUCGCAAGCUAAAUCCUGUCAAUACCAUAUCUUAUGUACAGAUAUUAGGUACGGGAAUGGAUACUCAAGAUACAUCGCCUUCAGUCCUGCUUUUCUUUGACAAUCAAAGGUUUAUAUUUAAUGCUGGAGAAGGACUGCAACGGUUUUGCACAGAACACAAGAUCAAGUUAUCCAAGAUAGAUCACAUUUUUCUUUCUCGUGUCUCUUCAGAGACUGCGGGUGGGCUUCCAGGCUUACUACUUACUUUGGCUGGCAUGGGAGAAGAGGGGAUGACUGUCAACAUAUGGGGGCCCUCAGAUCUUAAAUAUUUGAUAGAUGCUAUGGGAUCUUUUAUUCCCAAUGCUGCCAUGGUUCACACAAGGAGUUUUGGUCCCAUCUCCAACACUGAUGAAUCCACCAUUCUAGGUCAAAAUAAGUUUUCAGAUCCUAUUGUUCUUGUUGAUAAUGAGGUGGUCAAAAUAUCAGCCAUUAUUUUACAACCAAACCACUCUGAAGGUUCACCCUUGGUAGCUUCAGCGAAUCAAUCACAAGAGAGGAUGAGUCAUAGCCCAGAGCAUCUUGGCUCAUCCAACAUCUUAAAACAGCCUACUGGAAAGCCUGGUGAUAUGUCUGUACUAUAUAUUUGUGAAUUGCCUGAGAUCAAAGGAAAGUUUGAUCCAGAGAAAGCCAAGGCCUUUGGUCUUAAACCUGGGCCAAAAUAUCGUGAACUGCAACUUGGGAAUUCAGUGAAAUCAGAUAGGCAAAAUAUUUUGGUUCACCCAAGUGAUGUCAUGGGUCCCUCAGUUCCUGGUCCCACAGUCCUUCUCGUUGAUUGCCCAACUGAAUCACAUUUGGAAGCAUUACUGUCCGUUCAAUCACUCUCUAGUUAUUAUGCUGAUUCCACGGGCAAGAGUGUCACGUGUAUAAUUCAUUUAAGUCCUGCAUUGAUGAUUAGUUGUGCAAAUUACCAAAAAUGGAUGAAGAAGUUUGGUUCUACACAACAUAUCAUAGCUGGGCAUGAAAGGAAAAAUAUAGAGAUUCCAAUUUUGAAAUCUAGUGCAAGAAUUGCUGCACGACUCAAUUACUUGUGUCCUCAGUUCUUUCCUGCACCAGGAUUUUGGUCCCUUUCAAAUCAUAAUUCCUCAAUAUCAGAUUCUUCUGCCUCAAGGGAGGAUUCUAUUUUGGAACUUUGUGAAACCAUUUCUGCUGAAAAUCUUCUCAAGUUCACCUUGCGUCCUUAUGCUCAUCUUGGGUUGGAUAGAUCUCUUGUUCCAACUACUAUGGGUACCUCAGAAAUCAUUGAAGAGUUACUCUCACAAAUUCCUGAGGUUGUUGAGGCAGCCCAACAUGUAAACCAGCUCUGUUUGAAGUCCAGUCAAACAAAGGAUGAUACUCCUAUAGCAGAUCGUAAGAUACUGGUUGAAGAGCCAUGGCUGUGCGCAGAUGGUGUUCCUAGUUGUUUGGAAGAUAUAAGAAGAGAUGACUUGGAGAUAGUUCUUCUUGGAACCGGUUCAUCCCAACCAUCUAAAUAUCGAAAUGUGAGCGCAAUAUAUAUAAAUCUUUUUUCAAAAGGGGGCUUACUCUUGGAUUGUGGAGAAGGAACAUUGGGUCAACUUAAAAGAAGGUAUGGUGUAGAUGGCGCUGAUGAUGCUGUAAAAUCUUUGAGGUGUAUUUGGAUUUCUCAUAUACAUGCUGAUCACCAUACUGGCCUGGCCAGAAUACUGGCUUUGCGGCGUGAUUUGUUGAAGGGGGUUCCUCAUGAACCAGUGCUUGUUGUAGGACCAAGGCAGCUCAAGAGAUAUUUGGACGCAUAUCAAAGACUUGAAGAUUUAGAUAUGCAGUUUCUCGACUGCAGGCACACCACAAUAGCUUCGUUUGGAGCUUAUGAAGAUGGUGGACCAGAUAAAAAUGAUAAUGAAAUGACUGCACCAGAAGUUGAUUCAACUUUGUUUGCUAAAGGAUCUCGUAUGCAGAGCUAUUUUAAAAGACCGGGUAGUCCAGUUGACAAGAAUGUGAUUUAUCCUAUCAUAAAGAAGUUGAAGAGGGUUAUGCAGGAAGCUGGUCUGGAAUCCUUGACUAGUUUCCCUGUUGUACAUUGUCCUCAGGCAUUUGGUGUUGUUCUGAAAGCUGCAGAGAGGGUUAAUAGUGUUGGGAAAGUAAUACCUGGUUGGAAGAUUGUGUAUUCUGGGGACACUAGACCCUGCCCUGAGUUAGUAGAAGCAUCUCGAGGUGCUACGGUUCUUAUACAUGAGGCAACUUUUGAGGAUGCUUUGUUGGAGGAGGCCAUGUCAAGGAACCACAGCACCACAAAAGAAGCUGUGGAAGUGGGAGACUCAGCUAAUGCAUACCGAAUCGUGCUUACUCACUUCAGCCAAAGAUACCCCAAAAUUCCUGUAUUUGACGAAACACACAUGCACAAAACUUGUGUUGCAUUUGACAUGAUGAGCAUCAAUAUAGCAGAUUUGCCUGUGCUUCCUAGGGUUCUUCCGUAUUUGAAAUUGCUUUUCAGAGACGAAAUGAUUGUUGAUGAGUCUGAUGAUGUUGUAGAUGUUGUAACUACAGCUUCUUAAUGAAUGCAUUUUGAAGUUAUUGGCGUUGGUUAAACUCACCGAGGAGACCACUAUGUUAUGACAUUGGAUCAUUUAUGGUUAGCCCAACUGCUGAAAAGAUUGAUCAUGAGACUUGGUAAUCUUAAUGUGCUGAAUCUACUCAACACUUAUAUAGAGCAUGCCGUUUCAGAGAAGGUUUUGGCUGCAAGCGAGGAAGUUUCCUUAAAAAUUUAACAGGUGGACUGCUAAGAUUUUAUCCAUUUGGAAGUACAGUAGAGUUAGAAGAUUGAUGAUUUUUGCUCUCAUUUACCAUUUGUGGGUAGAGAGGAAUGCUCAGGUGUUUAGAGAUGUAAAAAGAUCACCGACUGCAUUUUUCAACAUAUUCAAACGGAAGCUAGAUAGAGAGUGCAAGCGGCAUGAAUACAGAUUCUUUUUAUGAGAAAUUCCUUUGGUAAUCGGAGCAGCUGUCGUGCUUGGUUCGCCCAAAACACACCAAAAUCAACCAUAAUUGGGUAUUGAACAUGUCAGAUGUUUCACACUGGGGGGGAAAAAACCAGAACAGAAAAGAAAAACAAGGUGUGAGGUUGACUCUGCUGGAAGAAUGAGCUAAAGCUCAAGGUAUAUUUUGAAAGGAGGUAUUAAACUCAUAACCUUUCACUUAUAUGAGAGUUUUCAUACCAUUAGGCUAUAUGAUGAUUGGCUCAUGGAACUUUUUGAACUUCUUUCAAAGUUCAAAGUACUUGCCGCCCUCAUUUUGUGGUGAACAUUGAUUGCUAUCCCACUUGUUGGUUUUUGCCACACGCCAUUGCUUCAACACUCCAUCAAGGCUUCCAGUACAAACACUACAAGUAUCCUCACUAUCUUCGCCAAAUCUUCCUCCUAUAAAAGCUGAUAUACACCUAAUUGGUCCUCUAUGACCAGCCAGAACUGCUAAACACGUGUGUUGACCAUCUUGUUCUCUUUCCCAUAUCCUGCUCGUGGAAUCUGCUGAACCGCUCACUACAUAGUUCGCCACACUGGCUAAGCACAGCACUGCGUGUGUAUGGCCUUGGAUUGAGCCGCCGUAUUGGAGUUGCCCAGCGAACCAACCCUUUAACCAGAAAUGGAUGUAGCCGUCGGAGCAGCCACCAUACAGCACACCUCCGUCGGAGGUUAGAGCCAAGGCUUUUACCGGUGAGCAUUUCGCAUGUAGUGUUACUGUGAGGGAAUGAGGCGUGUCGUGGCUGCAAAAGUUCCGACGCCAAACUCUGACAGUUGCAUCAUCGGAGCCGGUGUAGAGAACCCCGUCGUCGCCUACGAUGACGGCGUUGAUGGGCUCAACGUGUGCUUUUAUGGUCUCUAUGCAUUUCAAGUCUGAGAUUCGCCAUACUUUUACUGUUUUAUCAAUGGAAGCUGUGUAUAUAAUGUCCUCCGCUGUGUUGACCGCCAUUGACGUGAUUUGCCCCUUAUGCUUCAUCUGUCAAAAGGCGAAAAUGAACUUAUCACGAAGAAGAAGGCUCUCAUUGCAGAAAAAUCUUAACUUUUAGGUAACCAGAGAUAGAAAUUAGUUAUCAGAAGAAAAUUGUGAAAAAAAUAUGAACUCAGUAAUAAAAAAAUAUGAAGUUAACAUCGAAGAAAUUAAAAGCAAUGUGAAAAUUACAUCCAACAUAUUUAUAUGUGUAUUUUUAUCCUUUUCUUUUGUUGUGAAACACUCUUUAUUCUCACAAACUAUGAACAGCGCAUGUCUUAGCUCCUGGUAUAUGGAUGUGUAUCAUAACUCAUUACAUUGCCAUUUUGGCUAUGAAUUUGGCAUCAAUGAAAAUAUUCUAAGAUGAUUGGAUGA